UCAUUUAAUUCAUCAACUUGCUGGUCCAUUUUGUUCUAUAAAUUCAUUUCCCAAAACUCCUCUAAGCCCUCUUCUCCUUCGCUUUCUCUUCCUUUUCUUUGUACUUUACAUUACUCUUACAGUUAUUUUGGUGUUUUAUCCCGGCUCUGAAGAAGCUCUGGCUUUAAGCUGAAGCUAUCUUUCACUUCUUGUGAUUCUGAUUUUCUGAGUCCAAAAUCAAGGACCCAUCUUGGGAACCUGCUGAUUUUUUUUGUUUUAUUUUUCCUUCAGAAAUCCUUGCUUCUUGAAUCUCAGGAAAGUCUCCAGCUUUUUACAUGCUGGGUUGGGGUUUGUAAACUCCGAAGUCACAAUUUUUAUCAGAGACAGAGUAGCUGUUCUUCCCAAGAUUUAUCUUGAUGCUCAACAUCUUGUUCUUGAUGUUUGAGAUACAUGUCUCCAAUUCUUUGUGAAAUCCUCCUUUCUGGGUGUAUGAUAAAUUCCUUAUUCAGGCGCAGGACCCAUUUAGUUCAAUCCUUCUCAGUUGUGUUCCUUUACUGGUUGUACUACGUUUCAUGAUUUUCACCCCCUCAAAAGUUUGAAUAUUAGGCUAAUAAUAAUAUUAUUGUAACCAUAUUGCUAUAAUAUAUCUGCUAUAUUAAUAUUAGUGUGUUUUUUAGUAUCUGGGUCCUGCAAAUCUCUCUCAAUUUACUCUUUUUACUGUCAAUUUUGUCUGCAAAAUAUCUGUGGUUCAUGGCUUCCUCUAGCGGCACAUCUUCAGGGACAUCUCUGAUCCAGAACUCUGGGUCUGAGGAGGAUUUGAUGGAUCAGAGGAAGAGGAAGAGAAUGAUCUCCAAUCGAGAAUCUGCAAGACGAUCGCGGAUGAGGAAACAGAAACAUUUGGACGAUCUGAUGGCCCAAGUGGCUGAGCUGAGUAAGGACAACAACCAGAUCAUCUCCAGCUUGAACAUAACGACACAGCAUUUUCUCAACGUUGAGGCUGACAACUCAAUUCUAAGAGCUCAAGUGGGUGAGCUCACCCACAGGCUGCAGUCUCUGAACGAGAUCAUCACCUUCUUGAACAACAGCAAUGGGGUUUUUGGAGCUGCUGGGGAAACAAGCACCUUUGCUGAGCCAAAUUAUGGCUUUUUGAACCCAUUGAACUACUCAUACUUGAACCAGCCUAUCAUGGCUGCUGCAGACAUGUUUCCUUGCUAGUCUUGGAGGUUUAGAUAGAGUACAAAAGAGAGGGGUUUUUUUUUUAAUGUUAAAGUCUUAAGGAAUAAACAUUAUAUGAAAUAUGAAUGAAUCAUGCAGCUGGGUAUUUAGAUGUUAUUUUAUUAUAUUUAUAGGCUUCUUGGUCUGUAAAUGGUGGCUGUUAUUGCAGUGGGUUUGUGGUGGGUUACUGCAGCUAUUUUGUAAUAAUAUUAUAUAUUAUUGAACUAGUUUUUGUUAAAAUCUG